ACGAACGGAAAUGUAAUGAAUAAAGCUUCGGACUUCCGGCCGCCCGUUUUCACUUCCGUCAGGGAAGUGGACGUGCCAAGUGCUACUAGCAGACCAGGCAUUAUCUCGUUGUUCUUGUCGCCUUGUGGAACUUCGCGGAAGAGAUUCCGCGUGUUAGCGCGUCCCAAGAGAGACGCGUUUAGAGAGGAAGAAAGAGAAGCCACUCCUCGUGAAAACUCGUUAAUUCAAGCGUCAUCAGACUUUCCUCGGCACCUCUUGCAUCGCGCGUCGACAGUUUCUUGUUCACUCUGUUCGAAUACUUUAUCGUCGAAAAAAAAAGCCACAAUGACGGACAAUCAGUACUCAAACUAUCAGCAACAAGGAUAUAAUCAGUAUAGCCAACCACCACCCUCGGCUGGUCAGGAUACAUCGUAUCCACCUCCUUCUACAGGCACAGGUGGCUACAAUCAAUAUAGUCAACCACCUCCGAGUACCGGUACCAAUUAUGGCAAUUACGGCAACUAUAGUUCUAACACCGGUCAAGACUAUCCAUCUCAAAACCAAGGCAGCUAUGGACAAAAUAGCUACGGUGGAGGUAGUAAUACAGGCAGUGAUAGUGGUAAUAACUAUGGUGGAAGCUAUGGACAUGGAAGUAGCGGAGGCGGCAGUGGAGGAUAUCGUAACUCUAGUGGUGGCUAUAGUGGAGGCCAAGGAGGUGGCGGCGGAGGCGGUAGAUAUGGUGAUCGCGGCGGUUAUGGAGAUCGCUCCGGUGGUGGUUACAACAGUGGCGGUGGCCGUGGUGGUUAUAACAAAGGAGGCUACAGUGACCGUAACAGCAGCGGUGGUGACGGAAUGGUUACUCAAGAAGAUACUAUUUUUGUAUCCGGUAUGGAUCCAUCGAUCUCUGAAGAAGAAAUUGUUUCACAUUUCGGUGCGAUCGGCGUGAUUAAACAAGAUAAACGCACGGGCAAGCCAAAAAUUUGGAUGUACAAGGAUAAGAAUACGGGGAAAUCAAAAGGAGAAGCGACCGUCACCUAUGAUGAUCAGAACGCUGCACGCUCAGCCAUUAACUGGUUCGAUGGCAAGGAUUUUAAGGGUUGCACAAUAAAAGUACAAAUAGCGCAGCAUAAGAGUAGUUGGCAGGGCAACCGAAUGGGUGGUAGUCGCGGCGGCGGUGGUCGUGGUCGUGGUGGCGGUGGUUUCGGUGGUCGCGGCGGCGGUGAUCGCGAUGAUCAUCAUCGUGGAGGAGGCGAUGAUCGUGGAGGUCGCGAUGGUGGAGGUCGCGGAGGCGACUGGAGGUGUCCGAAUCCCGAGUGUGGUAAUACAAAUUUCGCAUGGCGGGAUCAAUGUAAUCUCUGCAAAAGCUCAAAACCGGAAGGUCUUGGUUACGGCGGUGGUGGUGGCGGUGGCGGCGGCGGCGGCGGUAGAGGCGGUGGUGGUCGAGGUGGUAAUGAUCGUGGAAAUCGAGGAGGUUAUAGAAAUGAUCGAGGCGGACGUGGAGGUGACAGAGGCGGUAGAGGUGGCUUCCGGGGUGGAGACCGAGGAGGCCGUGGAGGCCGAGGUGGUCCUAUGAGAGGAGGCGGCGGUCGAGGCGACAGAGAUAGAGAUCGUCAGCGACCAUAUUAAUUUCAUAUUCGUAUAAUUCUAUGCUUCAACAGUCGUAUGACUAUGCUGUCACUAAACGACUUGUACACAUUUUGUAUACAGUUUUAAUGCUUGUACAUUUCGCAAAGUGAUAAUCACUCCUUACAUGUCGUGUACUUUUUACUUUCUGUUCAUGUAAUUUUUUUAUAUUCAUUGGAGAUACGAACUUUGUA